AUUCAGAUGAGUGAAUUUUUGUUUCUUUUAUUUCAGGACUUUCUAAAGUGUUUGAAAAUACAGCCAUGUUUGGUGACCUAGUUCUCAGACUUCCCGACAUUGUCCAUGCUAUUUAUGAUCCAAACAAGGAUUGGCAGUUCCUGAUUGGUUGGUGUUACUGGUUCUGUAAAGAGUCGGGGAUGUUCGAUGGGACGGACGGCAAACUCCUACAUCUGAUGGCGCAAGAAGUCAACUUGAUAGAAAAAGAGGAGAAUUAUUUGAAUCCCUUCACGAUAGAGAACCAACUAAAACAGCAAAGGCAAAAAAAUGAAGAGGUUAAAAAAGACAGUAAAAUAAAAAAGAAGAAAAAGGAAAGGAAGAAAGGGCCCCAGAUAACCAGGGUUGACCUUUGAACUUGGAAGAGGGGAGGGGGGUUUGUUACAUUUUUCAAAAAAAUAAAUCUUGUUAUUACU